AUGGUUCAAUCUGCUGUACUUGGUUUCCCAAGAAUUGGUCCUAAUAGAGAACUUAAGAAGAUCACUGAAUCUUACUGGAAGGGUAAGGCUUCAGUUGAUGAAUUGCUAAAAGUUGGUAAGGACAUCAGAGUUGCAAACUGGAAAUUGCAGAAAGAUGCUGGUGUUGAUAUCAUUCCAUCUAAUGAUUUCUCUUACUACGAUCAAGUUUUAGACUUGUCAUUGUUGUUUAAUGUGGUCCCAGAGCGUUACACCAAGUACGAUUUACCACUAUUAGACACUAUGUUUGCUAUGGGUAGAGGUUUGCAAAGAAAGGCAACUGAAACCUCCAAGGCUGUCGAUGUCACAGCAUUGGAAAUGGUUAAGUGGUUUGACUCCAACUACCACUACGUGAGACCAACUUUCUCCCAUUCCACCGAAUUCAAAUUGAAUGGCCAAAAGCCAGUUGAUGAAUAUUUGGAAGCUAAGGAGCUAGGUAUCCAAACUAGACCAGUUCUAUUGGGUCCUGUUUCUUUCUUGCUUUUGGGUAAGGCUGAUAAGGGUUCUCUAGACUUGGAACCAUUGUCUCUUUUGGAGCAAUUGUUGCCUCUUUACAAGGAAAUCUUGUCUAAGCUACAGGCUGCUGGUGCCACUGAAGUUCAAUUGGAUGAACCAGUUCUAGUGUUGGACUUGGAAAAGUCUGCUCAAGAUGCUAUCAGAAAGGCCUACGAAUACUUGGGUAAGCAAUCUGGCUUGCCCAAGAUUACUUUGGCUACCUAUUUCGGUACUACUUUGCCAAACUUGGACUCUUUGAAGAACUUGCCAAUUGGCGGUCUACACUUCGAUUUUGUCAGAGGUCCUGAGCAAUUCGACAAGGUCUUGGAUAUCGUCAACAAGGACCAAACUUUGUCCGUUGGUAUCGUCGACGGUAGAAACAUCUGGAAGAACAACUUCGCCAAAUCAUCCGAAUUGGUUAACAAGGCCGUUGCCAAGUUGGGUUCUGACAGAGUUGUUGUUGCUACAUCCUCUUCUUUGUUGCACACUCCUGUUGAUUUGGAAAAUGAACCAAAGUUGGACCCAGAAAUUAAAGAUUGGUUCUCCUUCGCUACUCAAAAGGUCAAGGAAGUCGUUAUCAUCACCAAGAAUGUUGCAGGUGAAGAUGUUGAGGCUGAAUUGGAAGCCAACGCUAAAUCUGUUGCCACCAGAGCUGCUUCCAAGAGAACCAACGACGAAGCUGUUCAAAAGAGAGUUGCCUCCAUUAACGAAAAAUUGUCCACUCGUCUAGCUCCAUUCGCUCAGAGAUUAGCUGAACAAAAGAAGGUUUUCAACUUGCCAAUCUUCCCAACCACCACCAUUGGUUCUUUCCCUCAAACUAAAGAUAUCAGAAUCAACAGAAACAAAUUCGUUAAGGGUACCAUUUCCGCUGAGGAAUACGAAAAAUUCAUCAACUCUGAAAUCGAAUCUGUUAUCAGAUUCCAAGAAGAAGUUGGCCUUGAUGUCUUGGUCCACGGUGAACCUGAAAGAAACGAUAUGGUUCAAUACUUUGGUGAACAGAUCCAAGGUUACACUUUCACCGUUAACGGUUGGGUUCAAUCCUACGGUUCUAGAUACGUCAGACCACCUAUCAUUGUCGGUGACUUGUCCAGACCAGAGGCCAUGUCCGUUAAGGAAUCUGUCUACGCUCAAUCCAUCACCACCAAGCCAGUUAAAGGUAUGUUGACCGGUCCAGUCACUUGUUUGAGAUGGUCUUUCCCAAGAGAUGAUGUGGACCAACAGACCCAAGCAUUGCAAUUGGCUCUUGCAUUGAGAGACGAAGUUAACGAUUUGGAAGCCGCUGGUAUUAAGGUCAUCCAAGUCGAUGAGCCUGCUAUCAGAGAAGGUUUGCCAUUGAGAGCUGGUGAAGAGAGAAGUGCAUACUUGAAAUGGGCUGCUCAAGCUUUCAGAGUUGCCACUUCUGGUGUGCAAAACAAGACUCAAAUUCACUCUCACUUCUGUUACUCUGAUCUAGAUCCAAACCACAUUAAGGCACUAGAUGCUGAUGUGGUCUCCAUCGAAUUCUCUAAGAAGGAUGAUCCUCACUACAUUGCUGAAUUCAAGGAAUAUCCAAACCACAUUGGUUUGGGUCUUUUCGACAUUCACUCUCCAAGAGUUCCAUCAAAGGAAGAAUUCAUCUCUAAGAUUGAGAACAUUUUGAAGAGUUAUCCAGCUGACAAGUUCUGGGUUAACCCAGACUGUGGUCUAAAGACCAGAGAUUGGGAAGAAACUAGGGCAAGUUUGACUAACAUGGUUGCUGCUGCUAAGCACUUCCGUGAACAGCACAAGAAAUAA